GUUGACUCUCAGUUCUUUCGUUUUGCUAGAUCAGGACAAACAUAGCCAACGCCCUUCUUAUCAUGGCUACCAAGACAAACAGUCGCCCAGCGACAACCUCUGCUGCUUCAACAGCUACCAACUUCCCCAAGACUCAUGAACGGAUACCUAACCCUAUCGAUACAGCCAACUUCAUCGACAACGAGUUCAUCACCUCCAACACAGUCCAAUGGAUCGACCUACACGACCCAGCAACAAACAAUGUCGUCACACGCGUCCCUCAAAGCACUGAUGAAGAGCUUCGCGCCGCCGUCAUAUCAGCCCAGAAGGCCUUCCCAGCAUGGCGGGCAACAAGCAUCAUCGCAAAACAGCGCAUCCUAUUCAACUUCGUGCACCUCAUCCGCAAAAACUGGGAUCGUCUAGCUGCAUCAAUCACCCUUGAACAAGGGAAAACCUUCAAGGAUGCAAAAGGCGACGUUCUCCGCGGUCUUCAGGUAGCCGAGACAACCUGCGGAAUUACUACCCAGUUGACCGGCGAAGUCCUCGAAAUUUCUAAAGAUAUAGAAACGAGAAGCUAUCGCGAGCCAUUAGGCGUUGUGGCUGCCAUUUGCCCUUUCAAUUUUCCAGCUAUGAUCCCGUUAUGGUGUAUUCCUAUCGCGACGGUGACGGGUAACUGUCUGAUUCUGAAACCCUCCGAGCGUGUCCCCGGCGCGGCUAUGAUCCUGGCAGAGCUAGCCCGCGAAGCUGGGUUCCCAAAGGGAGUUCUGAACAUUAUACAUGGCAGCGCGAGGGCAGUUAACUUUAUCUUGGAUGAGCCCGCCAUUCGAGCCGUUAGUUUCGUGGGUAGUAAUCGCGCCGGUGAGUAUAUCUAUAGCCGCGGCUCGGCGAACGGGAAGCGUGUGCAGGCGAACCUUGGCGCUAAGAACCAUGCGAUCCUACUCCCAGACGCUAAGAAGGAGCAGGCUUUGAGUGCUAUUGUUGGGGCGGCAUUUGGAGCGGCGGGUCAGCGCUGCAUGGCGCUUAGUGUCCUUGUAAUGGUUGGUGAGACUGAGACAUGGUUGCCGGACUUGAUUAAAAGGGCCAAAGGGCUUGUUGUUUCGGGGGGCUUCGAGGAGGAUUGUGAUGUUGGGCCUGUUAUCAGCCCUGCUAGUAAGAAACGGAUUGAAGGACUCAUUACAUCUGCUCGCGAAGAAGGGGCUUCGAUUCUUCUAGAUGGGAGAGGGUAUGCGCCUGCGAAAUAUCCGAAAGGGAACUUUGUUGGACCGACUAUCAUCAAUAACGUCACUACAGCCAUGCAAUGUUACAAAGAGGAGAUAUUCGGGCCAGUACUUGUCUGCAUUUCUGUCAAGACGCUGCAGGACGCUAUCCAACUUGUGAACGCAAAUGAAUACGGAAACGGAGCGGCCAUUUUCACCCAGUCUGGUUCCGUGGCAUCAUUCUUUCAGAAGAACAUCGAGGCUGGCCAGGUAGGUAUUAAUGUACCUAUUCCCGUGCCAUUGCCUAUGUUUUCCUUCACCGGGAACAAAAAGAGUAUCGCUGGAGGUGGAGCAAAUACCUUUUAUGGAAAGCCUGGUCUUAACUUCUUUACGCAGCAGAAGACCGUGACCAGCCUUUGGCGGAAUGACAAGGCUGAUGUCACGAAGCAGGUUGUGAUGCCUUCCCAUUUAUAAACUAUUAAAGGUUUAGGAGAGGGAAUUAGGAGGCCAAGUGGGAGAGUGUCA